AUGUGCCCAGCUGCUGAGGGACUGAAGGCCCCAGCUGCUGAGGAACUGAAGGCCCCAGCUGCUGAGGGACUGAAGGCCCCAGCUGCUGAGGGACUGAAGGCCCCAGCUGCUGAGGAACUAAAGACCCCAGCUGCUGAGGAACUGAAGGCCCCAGCUGCUGAGGAACUGAAGGCCCCAGCUGCUGAGGAACUAAAGACCCCAGCUGCUGAGGAACUGAAGGCCCCCGCUGCUGAGGAACUGAAGGCCCCAGCUGCUGAGGAACUGAAGGCCCCAGCUGCUGAGGAACUGAAGGCCCUAGCUGCUGAGGAACUGAAGGCCCCAGCUGCUGAGGAACUGAAGGCCCCAGCUGCUGAGGAACUGAAGGCCCCAGCUGCUGAGGAACUGAAGGCCCCAGCUGCUGAGGAACUGAAGGCCCCAGCUGCUGAGGGACUGAAGGCCCCAGCUGCUGAGGGACUGAAGGCCCCAGCUGCUGAGGAACUGAAGGCCCCAGCUGCUGAGGAACUGAAGGCCCCAGCUGCUGAGGGACUGAAGGCCCCAGCUGCUGAGGAACUGAAGGCCCCAGCUGCUGAGGGACUGAAGGCCCCAGCUGCUGAGGGACUGAAGGCCCUAGCUGCUGAGGAACUGAAGGCCCCAGCUGCUGAGGGACUGAAGGCCCCAGCUGCUGAGGGACUGAAGGCCCCAGCUGCUGAGGGACUGAAGGCCCCAGCUGCUGAGGAACUGAAGGCCCCAGCUGCUGAGGAACACACUGUUACUAAAGGACCUAGAGAGGUGUUGCUGAGGAACACACUGUUACUAAAUCCUUUGAGAACUGUGCCUUAUGAAGGACAUGCUUUUCUGCAGUAUAUAAUUACAAUCUGGACGGACUGAGGUAUAACGUUACUGUAGAUUAAACACUGCUGAAUUGUCAUUGUUUUUGUUGUACAUUCCUGUUAAUAUAUUUCUAUUCUGGUUUAAAAUGUUGUUUUUAUUUAGAAUGAAUUAUGUUUUGUAUUGUUUACAGAGGAGAAUGUUUUUGCAGUAGAGUUGAGCAUCAGAACACUGAGCUGUUGCAAAAGCAGGAUCAGUAAGUUAAGCCAGAUAACUCUGAUUAGGAGUAAAAUAUAUCUCUUGAUUUACUGAUAUAUUUAUAAAGCUGAACUUGAAUAUUUUUGUCAAGUCAGUUAUUGCCGUGAUGCCAGUUAGUCCUUGACGUUAUUGCCGUGAUGCCAGUUAGUCCUUGACGUUAUUGCCAUGAUGCCAGUUAUUCCUUGACGUUAUUGCCGUGAUGCCAGUUAGUCCUUGACGUUAUUGCCAUGAUGCCAGUUAUUCCUUGACGUUAUUGCCAUGAUGCCAGUUAGUCCUUGACGUUAUUGCCAUGAUGCCAGUUAUUCCUUGACGUUAUUGCCAUGAUGCCAGUUAGUCCUUGACGUUAUUGCCAUGAUGCCAGUUAUUCCUUGACGUUAUUGCCGUGAUGCCAGUUAGUCCUUGACGUUAUUGCCAUGAUGCCAGUUAGUCCUUGACGUUAUUGCCAUGAUGCCAGUUAUUCCUUGACGUUAUUGCCGUGAUGCCAGUUAGUCCUUGACGUUAUUGCCAUGAUGCCAGUUAGUCCUUGACGUUAUUGCCGUGAUGCCAGUUAUUCCUUGACGUUAUUGCCAUGAUGCCAGUUAUUCCUUGACGUUAUUGCCAUGAUGCCAGUUUCAAGUCUCAUCUCUUGAAAAGAUGACAUUAUUUUAGAAUGUUUGUUAGCCGGCUAACUGACUGAUCCUGCGGUCUGGAACUGCCCCAUGUCUCUGUACCAGACCUCCAUGUUUUAAUAACCGCUCCGAACCACCGGACAGACAUGUUUUAAGCAUUUUAAUAAAAACAAUAUGCACAUUUUCCCACCAGAGAUGUGUUUCUAUUAAAUUGACUUGUUGCGUGAUGACUUAGUGCACAUAAAAAUACGUUUUGCGGGUAAAUUCCCAUGUACCGAAUAAAAAAUACAUGUUAAAUGCAUUGCAUUUUCAACUCUACUGAUGUCGCGUUAUAGCAAGUGUGCCCAUUCUGGUAUUGGCACGUGUUCUAGCCAAGAGCGCUGUUGGCUAGAGCGCAUGAAUGGCCUACAUAAUGAGAUUAUUAUGGACAAAAUAGUACCAUUUCUGUAAAACGGCAGCCAAUCAUCGACGAUCAUGUCACCAUAAGACCCUCAAUAUUUACUGGAAAUAAGCAUCAAGCUCAUCACCAUGCACUUUCACCACCCUGUGAAGUUCAUCCUUUAUUUAAUCUGUAGCCUAAUAAAUAUGAUGGUUAUUAUAUCAAUAUUUGCGCAUAAAAGCGUUUGACAUUUCUCGCAUAAUUCAUUUUACCGACACAAAAAGAUCCCACCUUGUCUAGCGUAUUUAGUUUUGUCGACAUUUGGAAAGUUUGUUUCCAUCAGGCCUGUCAGGACAUGUUUUAUCCGACAUGUCUUUACUCGCAUAAAAAGGUUGGAUGGAAACCUGGUUACUGAUACUAUAAACUCAUAGUGGACGCGUCAUAAUACCCAUAAAACCUAGCGGUCAAACACGGAAAUUGUUCCAAUUGUUUUUCCACCAUUAAUUUUUCAACAGUGAAUUUUACAAACACUUAAAAUUAAGUAUAUAUUUGGUAUAGGCUUAUCUUGGCGUGAUGUUUUGAUAACCGUGUAAGUUGUAUCAAUAUAUUUGACUCAAAUUUGAAAUGCUAAUUAGCUUACAGAGAAGACCUCAGCAAGACUACAACUUCCUGCAGGAAGCUGCUGCAGGUCGUCUCCAGCCGACACUGUCAGCUACCGUUCACCAGCGCGAUCCGAGACCUGUGCCCAAUCCAUGAUAAAUCUAUAUGCUGUAUUGAAAUGAAUUGAAUAAAGUGUUGAACUUC